UCGAUACCCGUGGUGGGAUAUUAGUCCGCGCCGCGCCGGGCCACCGCGAGCCCGCGUCGCGGCCAUGAACGCGCGAGCUCUAUUCAUCGCGCUGUCAGCACUCCUCCUAGCAUCUAUUGGAAAUGCCGAAAAAAGCAAGUUCUAUUAUAUGGACUCCCUCUGCAAGGACCACUUCCUGCAGCGGCAGUAUCGGAAACUCGAUGGUGGCGUGCUGUGGUCCCGCAACGAGAGGAACCUGGACUGCACUGUCACCUUCCAGACGCACAGCAUCCUGCAGCGGUUUAUGCUGCACUUUGAGCUGCUGCAGCUCGACUGCAAUGAUCACCUCUAUGUCUACGAUGGCGCUCACGCGACUGCACCUCCUAAGGCAGACCUGUCCUGUCGCAACACGAAGCAGCAGGUGGGCGCGCUGUUCACACGCAGCAACUUUGUCACCCUCAAGUACGUGACCGACAACUGGGGCACCGAUGCCAACGGGUUCAAACUGGUUAUCACCUCCGUCAAAGACCCUAAACACGGGUGCAAGGAGUUCCGGUGCAAGCAGCGGGAGUUCUGCGUAAGCGCAGACCUCACCUGUGACGGCGUCGACCAUUGUGCAGACGGAUCUGAUGAAGACACCGCUGCAUUAUGCCCCGAGAACGGCGGUGGCGGUAGCAGCGAGGCGUGGAUGGUGGUGGCUGGUGGCGUAGCAGCAUUACUAGUGCUUUUAAUAGCUGCCUUGCUAUGCUGCUAUUGCCGUCGAAGGGCGCCCAACCGCCGUACACACCUACAUUUAGAUCAAAUGGCGAGCAGCAACGGCGCGGGAAAAGCCGUGCCGAGCUCGCCGGGCAGCACAACGCGACUGCCGGGAAACUGGGCGCACCCUGCGGGCCCGCGCGGGGCUGCAUUGCAGGUACAGGGCGGCGCGCCCGGGCCGCCUGCGGGCGCGGGCGCAGCGCUGAGCGGCGCCGCCCCGCACAAGGACGAGUGGUUCGUCUGAGGCGGCCCGGUCGGGCCCGCAGGGCGGGGGCGCCGUACCGGCCCCCUUCCGCACCCAGUUUUGGGGCUAACCGCACACACCCGACACACAACACCCAUAUAUCCAUCCAUCAAUCGACGCAUGGAAUGUUCGUGUAUGCAACUUCUUAGUGUAAUUUGUAUCACAGAAUAUUUUUCAUUUGUAAACAUUUUUGUAGCAGUUGAGUUCGUGUCGAUGGUGGAUUGGAAGAAAUAAUUUUAUAAGUCGUGGUGUAUGUGAUAGGCCCCGAUAGACCGUUGAUCGUGAUUUUUAUGUUCAUUUCGUUUUCUGUUAAUAUUUAAGAAAAUCUAUAAAGUUAUAAGAAAAAAAAUAUACAUAUUAUAAGCUCUUUUUUAUAUUCUAUGUGGCGCGCUCUUAGUUUACAUCGGGUCGGUUUUAAACCUUUUAAAUGUUAUUAACAAAUGAUGCAAUAAAAUCGUUGUAAUCAUAUCAUACAAAAUAAGUCUAACGAUAAAAAUAAAAUUAUCUUCUUCGGCUAUAUUCAAGAAGAAAACAACGUAACAUCGACAUAUCUACUUACUAUACUAUGCAAAGCGUCAAAAUAUCGCUAAUUCAAAAUAAAACAGUUUGAGUUUCUAAUUGAGGCUUUACAAAUAACAAUUUUGACACAGGCUUUUAACUAUAAUAGUAUUUUACAAAAGCUAUUCGGUUGUGCAUAUUUUUGCGUUUGUCAGUUUUUAUAAGUAACACUGGACCAGUUUAGCAAUAAUCCCUUGAAUUAAAGUGUUCUGUCAACUUUAUUAAUAAUAUUAUUUAGUACUAAAAACAAAUUAAAAGCAAUACAGGUUUACUCCGUUUUUCUUUAACUCGGCAACAGAUGGCGCUGCAUUAUUUGUUAGAUGUUCAGAAACGAAGCUUACCGUUAAGCGUGGCUCUCAAACGUCUGGAUUUAACAUACAAGAGUAGUUCGCACUAGGUCUUGUUUUCUUACCCUUUUGACUCAAUACCACGAUCAAAAUCAUACGAAUUUAAUUUAUAUAUUCCAUUGUAUUGUAUAACUAGAUCGCGUCACUUACCUGUUCUAGACAUAUCUAUUGCGAUAAUAUUAAAUCCUAGGUGGUCGGAUCGCGUUUGUUAAGGUAUUUUGGCCAGGAAGAGGGUAUCCAAUGCAAUCGGACUACGAUUCCUGUAUGUCGAAUUUCCUAUCCGUUUUGUCAAACGGGAUUCAUAGCGCUAAGUUACUGACCCUAAGUACUCGGUUGAAUUUUCGAUCUGAAUCGGAAAAUUGUUUUCGAACGAGGCUCGACCACUAUUUUUGUUGAAAUAAACUAUUUAAAGUAAGAUCAAAAGUUUUGAUACGUUUCCUAAUAUUUUGCAUUAUAAAACAUAAUCAUGAUUCAUAAUCAUAGAAUAGAAGAAUGUAUAAAUUUAAUUUAAAUAUAGAUAAGGUGUGUCCUAAACUUUAUAAGUCGUUGGAGCGUAUGUUUGUACCUUUGAAUAGAUCUUGUAUAAUAUUAUCGCGCUGAUAAUCUGAUGAAUCUAUCCGAAUGUAUGAAAUAAUUUUAGUGGACUUUUGUUAGAUAAACUUGUUUAGUGGGCGUUCGCGCCGUGUAUUUUGGUGUUAAUGCAGUGUAAAUUUAUUAUGACAUUAAACAUUUUUGGCUUA